AUGGCCCCACCUAAGAAAAAUGUCAAGAUGGAUUUAAGUUCCUUCUUAGCCGAUGAUUCAUUCGGAGGAUCAUGGGCUGAUGAAGAAGUUGAUAUUAGUUCUAUUGGAGUUUCAUUAGAUCAACCAUCUUAUUCAACUGCCGCCCCAAUUGGUGGUAGUGGUAAUACUGCUACUGCUACUAGCGGUGGUUCAGGUUUUGCAUCUCAAGCCCCAGUUAAUGAAGAAUUCAGAAGAGAAAGAAAAGAAUUCCCAAUUCCAGAUCAACCACCAUACCGUGCUAGAGUUUCUAAUUUGCCAUGGGAAACUGAUGAAGAUGGUAUUGUUAGACAUUUUGAAGAUAGAAUGCAAGCUCAAGGUAUUAUUUCUGAUGUUGUUUUACCAAAAGAUAGAGAAACUGGUAAAUUGAGAGGAUUUGCAUUUGUUACUUUUAAUGAACGUGAAAUUUUAGAAGAAUCCUUGAAUUUAUCCAUGUCUGAAUUCCAAGGUAGAAAGAUUUAUGUUAAUGUUGCUGCUCCACCAAAAGAAAGUGAAGGUGAUUGGAGAUCAGGUAGAGGUGGUAAUGCCUCAUCUAGAAGAGAACCUGCUGUUGAACUCGACUGGGGUUCUGCUAGAAAUUCAAGAGCUGAACUUCCAACUAGACAAAGAUCAAAUAGAAAUAUUGAAUCUGAUCAAUCAAAUGAAAACAAUACUCCAACAAGAGCUCCAAGAAGACAAGAACCUGAACUUGAUUGGGGUUCUGCCAGAGGUGCUAAAAUUGACCUUCCACCAAGACAAAGAUCCAAUAGAAAUUUCAAUAAUAACGAUGAAAAUAAUAACGCUACUCCAAGAACUCCAAGAAGACAAGAGCCUGAACUUGAUUGGGGCUCAGCAAGAAGCACUAGAGCUGAACUUCCAGUUAGAGAAAGAUCUAAAAGAAACAACAGUUACAACAACAAAGAUUCUACCACCACUACUCAAAAACCAUCUGAACCAGAAUUUGAUUGGAAAAGAGGUCAAAGUUUACCAUCUGGUCGUAGAUCAACUUCAACCAGUACUAAUAAAAAAGAUGACAAAAAAGAAGAACAAUCAUCUCAACAACAAGGUCCACAAAAAUCUCAUUUCAGUGUUUUAGAUAUUGAAGAUGAAGAAGAUGAAGAAGAACAUAAAGAAGAAACUCAAAGUAAACAAACUCAAGUUGAAGAUUUAACUGAAAAAACUGCCGAUUUAUCUGUUCAUGAUGACAAUGAUGGCUGGGAAGUUGUUAGAAAGUAA